AUGAACUCCAUUGCCAAACAAUAUACUCAAGGGAAUGUUAACCCCGUAUCAAGAGAGAUCAACGAUGCAAUGGCGGAGUUAGCAACUCCACCCCAAUUGGGAUUGGCGCCUACAUUACAACUACCACCCAUUUCACAACCAACUGACUUUUUAAGAGCUCAUACUGAUGAUGCUACUAAUCCCGAUUGUAAGAUUAAGAUUGCUCAUGGUACUACUACAUUGGCUUUCAGAUUCCAAGGAGGGAUUAUAGUUGCUGUUGAUUCCAGAGCCACUGCUGGUAACUGGAUUGCAUCUCAAACCGUGAAUAAAGUUAUCAGAAUCAAUCCGAAAUUGUUAGGUACUAUGGCUGGUGGUGCAGCUGAUUGUCAAUAUUGGGAAACUUGGUUAGGAUCUCAAUGUAGGUUAUAUGAAUUAAGAAAUAAAGAAAGAAUCUCUGUUGCUGCCGCUUCCAAAAUCUUAUCUAAUUUGGUUUAUGAAUAUAAAGGUAUGGGUUUAUCAAUGGGUACAAUGAUUUGUGGGGUUACCAAAAAGGAAGGUCCAACCAUAUUCUAUGUUGAUUCUGAUGGUACCAGAUUGAAAGGUGAUUUAUUUUGUGUUGGUUCUGGUCAAACAUUUGCUUAUGGUGUUUUGGAUUCAGACUAUAAGUGGGAUUUGACCGUAGAAGAAGCCUUAUAUUUGGGUAAGAGAAGUAUAUUGGCUGCUACUCAUAGAGAUGCUUAUUCUGGUGGCUCCAUUAACUUGUACCAUGUUAGUGAAGAAGGUUGGGAAUAUCACGGUAACUACAAUGUGGGUGAUAUUUUCUGGGAUAUCAAGGCAAAGGAACACUCCUUUGUUAACGUUGAAACUUAA